CGUCGUACGUGCCACUCGCACACCCACAAUGCCGACUGACGAGUAAGCUAUAUAUAGGCCUGCCCGCGGCCUUGAGCUACAUCUGCAAACCACUUCAAACCAAGAAACCUCCUCUAGUCAGUUUUAAUCCUCGCAACGUUCGAUUGUCAUAUGAUGGCGGAGACCAAGGCGGUGGCUGCUGCGGUGCCGGUGGAGGCGAGUCCGGUGGAGGUGGGGAGGAGCAGGACGGUGGCUGCUGCGGUGCCGGUGGAGGCGAGCACGGUGGAGGUGGAGGUGGGGAGGGGCAAUACGGUGGCUGCUGCGGUCGAGACGAGUCCGGUGGAGGGGAGGAGCAAGACGGUGGCCGCUGCGGUGGAGGUGGGGGAGGGGAGGAGCAAGACGGUGGUGCUGGUUGCCGUGGACGACAGCGACGCAAGCUACCGCGCGCUCGAGUGGGCCGUGCGGCACGUGGCGGCGACGGCCGGCAUGGCCGGCGCCGGAGCGGUGGAGCUCGUUGUCCUCCACGCCAAGCCGCCCACUUCCCUCGCCGUCAACAUGGGCGGCCCCGGCGUGCCCGGCGACGUGGUGGGGUUAGUGGAGGAGGACCUGCGCAAGAAGGCCGAGGGCGUCGUCGGCAAGGCGCGCAGCCUCUGCGCCGCCAACUCGGUGGAGGCUGUGGUGGACGUGGUCGACGGGGAGCCGAAGCACGUCCUGUGCGACGCCGUCGAGAAGCACCGCGCCGAUCUGCUCGUCGUCGGCAGCCAGGGCUACGGCGCCAUCAGGAGGGCAUUGCUUGGGAGCGUGAGCGACUACUGCGCACACCACGCCGACUGCUCUGUGGUGAUUGUCAAGCAGCCCGGGUCCAAGAACUGACCGCCAUUUCCGGUGUUGGAUCGAUCCUGCCCAGUUCCAGUGUUGGGAAUUGUGCUAUUUGCGUGCCUACACAAUGUAUCCCUGCUUAAUUAUUUCUGCUCCAACGAGUUUGUACUCUCUUUUAUUCACUCUGCAUAAUAUUAGCAGUCAAGCUUUGUAAACUUUAAUUCAAUUUAUAUUAAAUAAAUUAACAUC